UGUUCUCACACAAUUUCAACAAUAUUGCAUCUUUAGACUCAUGUAACACCCUAGCUACCAGACUACCAGAGCACGAUUUGUGCAAAUAAUGGGUGGAAAAGAGUCCAGGAUUCAGAUUGGCUAUUUCAAACACAAAAAGCUGUGAAGAAAAGGUUCACUUGUGAGCCCAAAAAGCUCAGGAAACGAAGAAGGAAGCAACUUCGUUACCAGAAGCCUCGACUGGGGCAUCGUAAAUGGCGGGCACCUCUUCUACAACUGCUGCUGCAAUGAAUUUGGGCAGAGGCUUCGGCUUUGUUUCUCUUUCCUCUUCCCCUCGCACUCGCUCAAUCCUUCACUUCCACAACCUUUCAGCUUCUCCCAAUAGCAGCUCCAACAUCGGGUUCUACGCAACCACAUCUAGAUUCUCAAAUCACCUUCCAAGAAAACCUGGCCCGACCCAGAUUCGAGCGGUUUCGGGUUCUUUCGGGUCCCGGCUGGAGGAGACUGUCAAGAGGACUGUCGCUGACAAUCCCGUCGUUGUCUACUCAAAAACUUGGUGCUCGUAUUCAUCCGAGGUGAAGUCUUUGUUUAAGAGGCUUGGCGUGGAGCCUCUUGUUAUUGAAUUGGAUGAGAUGGGAAUUGGGAAUGCAGCUUUAAGAAAUCCAUGAAUUUCAUUGACCUCAAGGACCUCAAUUGCAAAAGGUUCUGGAAAGGCUUACAGGGCAGCAUACUGUCCCAAAUGUGUUCAUUGGGGGGAAUCACAUUGGAGGUUGUACAGAAACUGUGAAGCUGCACCGAAAAGGAGAACUUGAACCAUUGCUCUCUGAAGCUUCUAAUUCCAGAAAAGUGGAGAGCUAAUCCGUCCAUAGCUAAUCCUAUUCAAACCAUCCUUGCAUGUAUGCUGAUUAAUUUGCUUAUUGGACCUGAUCGCGUCAUUACCCUGCACCUCUGCCCAUUAGUUUUCAUAAUUAAGCAUCCUUUUAUUGUUUUUACAGUGAAUAAAUAUAUUGUUUACCCCGUGAAUCCAAAAGGGGAUAUAUUUAUUCUUUUCCUUUCUUUUUGGUUUACGCGCCUCUGCUAACUACUAUGCCUCACUUCCCUCCGCUAUCCAAAUAAGAAAUGGAGCUCUGUACUGAUUUAGGGAGAUUAAUUGCUAAUUAGGGUGUAUAUCUUUUGGAUGUAUAUAAUUAGAAAAAGUGGUUAGUGG